AUAAAAAGGUCUGUUUUAAUGUUGCAGGACCUGCAUGGAAGAAAUAAGAAGAGCGUCAAUAUAACAUAGAGAAACAAAGACUGAAAGUUGCAACGUUCAGUUGCUGGAGCUAUCAUUACAAAUUUAAAUAGUUUGUCCAGAUCAGUUACCAAGAUGCUCUUAAAUAUCUCAAAGGGCUUCUAAUUUUUGGGACUAAAGAAGUGCUGCUGACUGGACAACUUAAGUAGAAGCUUUUUUUCCUGUUUUGUUUUCUGAGGAGAUUUUCAGAACUUUUUAGAGGGCUCAUUAUGGACACCUCUGCAUCAAAGCUCUAGCAUUGUGUGUUUAAAGCCUCUCUCCAUUUGUGUCACGGAUGUCUGGGUUGCUGUGAAAGGUUACGUCUGGCUCAGACACACACGCACACACACUCUUCUCUGCAGCUGGAAGCUCAAGAGUUUGUGUUGCACAUACCUGAGUGAGUGGUCUGAGGGAUUUAGCUGGCCUGAGAAGCCAAGUCGGAAAGACAGACAACUUUUAAGAGCUUUCACAGCACAACUCAGUGAAGGCGAGCAAAGUCGAGGGAUGGUGAGGAAGAUGAAACAAACUCUUUGCACAAUCCCUUUCCUGGUGACUCUGGCGGUAGAGCUCAACUGGAUAAAUAUGGGCUACAGCAUGCAGAAGGAGGGAUUAAGCAGGCAGGUUAUGAAGCAGAGGGAGAUACAGUCAUCUUCCAGCCUGGAUGAGCUGCUACGACUCACAGACUUUCCUGACUGGAAGUUGUGGAAGUGUCGUCUUAGACUGCAGAGUCAAGCAAAGGCCUUCUCCUCGCCGACUUCAUUCGGGUCACAUCGCUCAACACGCUAUGCUGCUGAAUCUUACACUCCGGAGAUACUCAAAGCCAUAGAUGAAGAGUGGCAGCGCACACAGUGCAUGCCCAGGGAGACUUGUGUUGAGGUGGGUCAAGAGUUGGGCACCGACCCCUCGAUCCUCUUCAGGCCACCCUGUGUUUCUGUCCACAGGUGCAGUGGCUGCUGCAAUCUAGAGGGAGUCACCUGCAGGAACACAUCUGCUGUAUAUGUGAAUAAAACUGUCUUCAGUGGACUUCAAUUCAAUUUUGUACCAGAACCUGUUCUAAUAAAAGUAGCAAACCAUACUGAGUGCAGCUGCAUGGAGCCUGCUAUAAUUCGCCGGAAUGCCCAACCUCUUUGGAGCAAUGGCUGCUCUUUGAUGACUCAGCUGUUAGAUGCAGAAAACUCCAGAAGACUUUGUGCUAGUGGGUUUAUUUGGGAUUGUUCAACUGAAAGAUGCAUACCUUACCCUUCCAGUACACCAGAGCUUCCACUCAGUUCAUGGAUGCCAGACUGUGAGAUAGAUGUGGAGCAUUGUGAAUGUCUUCCCAGACCAGAGCCAAUUCUUCAACCAAGACCAAUCCAUCACUGUCAUCUCAACUCCUCCAUCUGUGCACACAGGCAAAAAACAUUUAAUAAAGUCUUAUGCAGAUGCAGAUGACCCAUAUAGCUGAGCAGUCGGGAAAUACAUUACGACGAGCUGCUCACCAGACAGCAGUGGAAAAAAGAAAAAAAUCCUAUAUUUAUUUACAGUUCUAUUUAUGUGGAUAAUAAUUGAUAUUGAUUACUGAUACUGAUAAUAUUAUUGUCACAUGACCAUGUUAAUUCACAUUUUAACAUGCAUCCAUUAAU